AUGGUUUUAAUAAAUAAUAACAAGAUAAAAAUAAAUUUAAGGCAAUCUCCAAAAACCGAUGCAUCAAGAUCCAGAUCAAGACUGCCUCAUAAAUCCAGCGAAUCACUCCUACUGAACUCUCAAGGCAGUGAUCAGAAGGAUCAGCAUUAUAGGGAAAGAUCACAAGAGAGAUCGAGUGACAAAAUGCAAAAAUCAGAUUUGUACAAAAAGGAUAACACGUCGCUACAAGAUUUACCAUUGCUGAAUUCAUCAUUCAAUAACAAAAUUAAACUUCCCGAACAUAAGCAAGAGCAAGAUAACCGAGGACGCCAAAGAGAGAGAAAAGAUGAAAAUGACAUAAAUAUGGAAAGCCCAGAGGCUCCAGAUGAUGAUAUGAUAAGUUUGAUGGGAUUCGGAGGAUUUGGAACUACUAAGGGUAAACAUGUUAAAGGGACAAAAGGAGGAAAUACCAAAAAAGAGACCAAAUCUGAAUAUAGAACGUACAUGAAUAGAAGUAAAGGUUUUAAUAGGCCCUUGUCGCCUAGUAGGUGA